AUGUCAGAUGCAUGGACUAACCGAAAGCAACGAUGCUUGAUUAACUUUUUGGUGAGCUCACCUGCAGGGACAAUGUUUGUCAAGUCCAUUGAUGGUUUAAAAUUUCUGAAGACAGGAGAAAAACUAUUUCAGAUGCUUGAUUCCCUUGUGGAGGAAAUUGGAGAAGAAAAUGUUGUUCAAGUUAUAACAGAUAAUGAGAGCAAUUAUGUGUUGGCUGGUAAGUUGUUAGAAGAGAAAAGACCCCAUCUCUAUUGGACUCCUUGUGUUGCCCAUUGUAUAGAUUUUAUGCUUGAAGAUAUUGGAAAGAUUCCUUUGAUAAAGAAGACAAUUCAAAGAGGAAUUAAUCUUGUUGGCUUUAUCUAUAGCCAUUCUAGUACCUUGAGUUUGUUGAGACAAUUUACAAAUAAGAGGGAAUUAGUAAGACAUGCAGUUACAAGGUUUGCUACCUCCUAUUUAUCAUUACAAAGGUUACAUCAAGAGAAGGGAAGUUUGAGAAAGAUGUUCACUUCUGAUGAAUGGAGCAAUAACAAGUUAUCAAAGGAAGCCAAGGGGAGGGAGGCUACUAAAAUUGUUCUUAUGCCUUCAUUUUGGAAUCAAGUAGUAUUUACUCUCAAAGUCAUGGCUCCUCUUGUUCAUGUGCUUCGUUUAGUUGAUGGGGAAAGAAAAGCAGCUAUGGGUUAUAUAUAUGAAGCAAUGGAGAAAGCCAAGGAAACAAUAGCGAAGUCAUUCAACAAGGAUGAAAGUAAAUACAAUGAUGUAUUUACAAUCAUUGAUAACAGAUGGACAUGUCAACUUCAUCGCCCUUUGCAUGCAGCUGGUCACUUUUUGAACCCAGAGUUUUUUAUUCCAACCCGGACAUGGAAUAUGAUUUGGAAGUUACAAAUGGAUUAUAUGAUUGCAUCAGGAGGUUGGUGCCAAAGUGCAAAUGGACUCUUUGGUGAUGAUUUUGCCAAAGAAUCAAGGAAAACCACGGUCACAGCUCAAUGGUGGAAGAAUUAUGGGCAUGCAGCUCCCAACUUACAAAAGCUAGCAAUCAAGAUUUUAAGCUUGACAUGUAGUUCAUCGGGAUUGGGAGAAGUUGAUGAUGAUAACGAUAAUGAAGAGGAAGGUAAUGAUUUGGUUUUUCAUGAUGAUCCCACUCUUAAUUGGGCAACUAUUUAUGAAGCUUCAGGUAUUGGAGAACCAGUAGUUUAUACAAGGAGACAAGCAACUAAUAAAAGAAAGCAACCAUCAAGUGAUAGUAUUGUUAUUGGAUCUUCCCAUGCUUCUAAGAAAGGUACAGGUGCAACUCCAACUCCAACUCCAACACAAUCUAAGAAGGGUAAAGAGAGGACUCAAAUUCAAGUUCAAAAUGAAUUGCAUGAUAGCUCUGAUUCCGAGUUUGAAAGAUUACUUAACUUUGACAAGAGUCUCUCAAAAGGGGAAGAUGAGGAGGGAUAUGCCCCAUUGGAUGAUGACAUUGAAGACAAUUAUGUUGGAGUUGAAGAAGAAUCUGAUGAUUAG